GUAUUCUUUCAACGAAUGGGGCGGCCCAGGGCAGUGGGUUUGAUAAUAAUCGAAAUUGGCGCUGACUGCUGACAGGUUUUACCUUCGGGCGGGUUUCUUCUCAGCGGGUUACCGAUUUUCAAAGUGUUAGUUUCUCAUCUUUGCUAUAAAGAUGAGCGCGUCGCAAGGGCAGCCACCACAAACCAGUGCGGCCACGCACCCGCGACCGCCACCACUGACAGUAGAGACUGCUACCACACCCGCUGGAGGAGCAGACCUUCGCUCUCCAUCCGCCUCUCGACGUCAAAAUCUUCUUUCUACACCGAUGACGGUCAUGUCUGCGGGUGGCCUUGCCCGGCGAAAGCAGGGCGCGCUCAUCGAAUGGCACGAUGUCUCAUACACGGUGACCGACCAAGUCACAAAGCAGCAGAAAACCAUCAUCUCCAAUAUGUACGGCAUGGCGCAGCCGGGGCGGCUACUCGCCAUCAUGGGUCCGUCGGGCGCGGGCAAGAGCACAUUGCUGGACGUGUUGGCCUGCAACACCAGCAGCCGCGGCGCCAGCCUUGCCGGCCGCAUCACGGUGGACGGCGCGCCGCGCUCGGGGCGCCAGUUCGCCGGCAUCAGCUGCUACGUGCAGCAGAAGGACGUGCUGCUGUCCAGCGCCACGGUUCGGGAGGUGGUGCACACGGCAGCGCUGCUGAAGCUGCCGUACCGGGGCAUGAGCGCCGCGGAGAAGCGGGAGCUGGUGGAGGCGACGUUGAAGGAGCUGGACCUGACCACGUGUGCGGACACGCUUAUUGGUGACGAGACCAUUGGGCUCAAGGGCAUCAGCGGCGGCCAGAAGCGCCGAGUCAGUGUGGGCAUAGAGCUGGUCAAGGAUCCGCGCGUGUUGUUCCUGGAUGAGCCCAGCAGCGGCCUGGAUAGCGAGAUGGCGGCGGGUGUGAUGAACAGCCUGGUGCGGCUGGCGCAGAAGGGCCGGACGGUGGUGUGCACCAUCCACCAGCCCAACUCCGACAUCACCGAUUGCUUCCACGACUUCCUGUUGCUGGCGGGCGGCCGCACCAUGUACGGCGGGCUGUGGAGCGGCGCAGUAGACUUCUUCGCGGGGGCGGGGUACAGCUGCCCCGCCUACAAGAACCCCACCGACUACUUCAUGUCUGUCAUCACACGAGACGAGGCUGCAGCCGACACACUUGCUACAGCCUACGCCAAGCUGCGGCCCGCGCUGCUGGCGGCGGCGGCGGACGAGGGCCGUGCUACAGCCGCGCAGCUGGGCCUGGCUGCUACUGCCGGCGGCGGCUGGAGCACCUACUCCAGCGCUGGCGGCCUUGACGGCGGCGGCAGCGCAUUGGCGGCGACGAAGGUCGCGGCUACUGCCGCGGCGGCCGCGGCGGGUGCUAAUGCUGCGGGCGCUGCUGCUGCGGGUGCUGCUACUGCCGAGUUCGGCGUGCCGGCGGGGGCGAUGGCGCUGGAUGUGGAUGCGGGGGCGGUGGUGGAGGUGGCGGCGGGGGGCGGGUCGGAGCCGGCGGCGCCCCUGGUGCCCACCUGGUUCCAGGUGUCGGUGCUGAUGGCACGGGUGUGGCGCACCUGGAUCCGCAGCCCCGUCAUGCUGGCCAGCGAGUUGGUGCAGUAUGUGUUCGUGGCGCUCUUCAUCGGCCUCAUGUACUACAAGUUCAACGACGUGCUGGGCGAGGGCGACUUCAACCGCCAGGCCUGCAUCUGGUUCUCGUUCGCGGUGCUGUGCUUCACGCCCUCCUACACAGCGGUGACCAACUGGACCUCGGAGCGCCUGCUGCUCAAACGCGAGCUGGACCAGAGGCUGUACGGCAUCAACACCUACUACCUGGCCCGGUAUGCUGUGCUGCUGCCCUUCGAGAUGGCGCAGUGCGCGCUGUUCCUGUGCGUUAUGUACUUCUUCGUGGGGUUCUACCCUUCCGCCUCCAACUUCUUUAUCUUCUUCGCCGUGCUCAGCAUGUUCCAGAUCAUCUCUGAGGGCCUGGGCGCCUGCUGCGCGGUGGUGACGCGCACGCCCACCUCCGCCAUCAUCCUGCUCACCUUCGUGCUGCUGGUGCUGCUGUCCUUCUCGGGCUUCCUCACUGUCAAGACGCCGGUGUACUUCGUGUGGGUCCAGAAGCUGUCGUACUUCACGUACGCCUUCUCGGCGCUGCUGGACACCGAGUUCGCCAAGAUCAGCUUCGUGGACCCCGCCACAGGCGACACCGUGCCCGGGCUCGAGGUGCUGCCCGACUCUGUGGCCACUGGCCUCAGCCCCGCCCAGAACAUCGGCGUCGUGGCGGCGCAGUUGGGCGGCAUGGAGCUGAUCAAGCUGACGGCGCUACACCUGGCGCACCGCCUCAACUGGCUGUGAGGGCAGGAGGCAGGGAUACGAGGGGAUGAGAGGGUAGGGGAUGAGAGGGGAGGGGAGGCAGGGGUCUUAACUGGCUGUGAGAGCAGGAGGCAGGUUGUGAUAUGAGGGGAGGGACAUGGGCCUUAACUGGCUGUGACAGUAGGAGGGACAUGAGGCUCAACUGGCUGUGACAGCAGGAGGGAGGAGGUGGGGUGCGGUGGGGUGGGAGGCAGGUGGGGCCGUGGGGUGAUACAGGGGUUGGUGUGAUGGGAGGCAAGUGUUGAUGGGGGGGGGCGUGAUGAGGCUGCUGCAGCUCAGGUGCUUUGCUUGGGCUGGCAAUGUUAGGUAAGUGUUCAAACCGUUGAUGGGCAGACAGAAAUCGCUUGGUUGCCCAUGUAGAACAAGGGUAUUCCCCUUGCUUUCAAGGUGCACGCUUGGGAUGCACAACGCCGGUGUGUUUGUGGGUUCAAUUGCUGAUAAGCGCAGAACUGGUAACAUGCUAUGCCCGCGUGCGGCGGGGCUGAUGCUUCGCUUCCGGAGCUUGUACUUGCUGUGGGGGGCAGAGGGGUAGGUGGUCCCCAAUCGAUGCACGGUAAUGAAGUCACAUGAGUGCUAAAUUUAACAUUGUGAUGCUGAAAGUCCAAACAGCUUAAUGGUAUGGAUGCGGUCACGUUGCAAUGAUGGGCGGGGUAGAUGAUGCAACAGCUCAUGCAUGUGGACAAGGCGUGGUACCGUACGGCAGGACUCAACUGCAGGACCCAUAACUGGCAGUGAUAUUGUGAGAUUGUGGGCGAAUUGGGCCCACCCCUCGUAAUGUCCCAUCACAACCCCCUCGUAAUUCCAUCCCCUGCCCUGGUUGCUAGGAUUUCGAGUGUUCUUGUCGCAUGACUGAGAUGACGUACGUGUACCGUAAUCGUAAAUAUUCGACGUUUACAUACGGCUAACACUGUUUGACUGCUGGAUUGACUCGCAAGCCUGCAUGGUGCACCAUGGUCCAGGGGCAUGCACUGAGGACUUCCAUACUGUUUGGCACGUACUGGCACAUGCAGUUCAGUGGUUUCUGAGGCCAAGGGGGGGGUUAAACCCGCCUAACAUUGUAACUCCGCCUGAAA